AUGAACGGAAUGGAGCCUAAAAGGUUUAUGUGGGUGGCCAUGUUUUUAGUGUGGGGAGCUUGUGGUUUGUUUUAUAUUGUUCUGAAUAGACACAUCGCCCACCAAGGAACGAUCGCGUACGAAUCCAUGAGUAGUACUCUUUCCUCGAAGAAUCGCAAAAAACCAAAUGAUGAAGAUCCUUCUGUUGUGCCAAAGAAGACUUCUAACGACCCCUCGGACCUGUUACUUCAAAAAAAAGUCUUCCCGAUCACCUAUCUUAAUUUUGAUUUCUUAAAUCAGGAUAGUGUAUCAAAUAGAAAUAUUGAGGUGGCUUGUUCUUCCUUCAUUUCUUCUUAUUUUUCUCGAAAUCUGGACCACAAGAUACCUCCUGUUGUGGUUGGUUAUGGUGAUCAAGAAUAUGUAUCCGAUUACAUUCAUGAAGAAGAUUUCGUUUUCUUUUUUGAUGGACUUGAUUCAAUGUUUACCGGAGAUACUAAGGAUAUGAUCCAUGGCUACAUGGAGUAUCUGAAAGAAGAAAAUUUCAAGGAAUUGAAUGCAUCACUCGACUGGCCAAUUAUUUUCAACAGCGAGAGAAAUAAAUGGCCACCAGAAGGAGAGUUUGGAGUAUUUAUAAAGAAUUUUGAUCGAAACUUUUUGGUUAAGUACCGAUCUGGUUAUCCAGUUAAGGCAUACUGUCCAAGACACUUAGGUUUUUUUUACCUCAACUCUGGAAUGUAUUUAGGAAGAAAAAAAGACAUUAAGAAGUUCUUCCAGACUGCCCUUUCGGUCAUGCCUGAUGGAAUAGAUUUUAAAAAAGUCGAUGACCAAGCAGUAGUUCAAUAUUUAUACAUUGAGAACAAAUUUCCCAUCAUUGGAGAUUGCAGAUCUUCAAUUUUUUUGGCAUCCUAUCUCGCUUGCGAUUUCUUUCACGUUAAUGCCAGCGGAUGCUUUGUAACAAACAAAUUGAAUCCACCCCAACACCCUCAAGCUGUGCAUUCCAAUGGUCCAAAAUGUAAUACGUACUGUCCCUGUUUGUAUGAAAAUAUGCAACGAAGUGACAUGAAGAGUUAUUUGGAGAAGGAAAAGAUGCUUCAGAACGUGUCCUCUGUACUACAUUUAAAUAAUUUAAAGAAUAAUUUAAAGAUAGAUCUGUAUCAUGCACAAGACAACAAGAUCGUUUCGGUGCUCUUGACAAAGUUUUGUAGUGAGCAGUCUUUAUUUUAUUUCAAUAAAGACAACUGCCUUAAAAAGUAA